AUGGCUAAGUACGAGGAGGCCGAGCAAAUGCACCAGCAGGCGCUAGAGCUUAGGGAGAAGGUGCUCGGCCGCGAGCAUCCCUCUACGCUUAGUAGUAUGAAUAACCUUGGGCUUGUGCUUAAGAGCCAGGGCAAGUACGAAGAGGCCGGGCAAAUACACCGGCAAGAACUAAGUCUUAGCGAGAAGGUGCUCGGCCGCGAGCAUCCCUCUACGCUCACUAGCAUGAAUAACCUUGCGCUUGUACUCGGGAGCCAGGGCAAGUACGAAGAGGCUGAGCAAAUGCACCGGCAAGAAUUGAGUCUUAGCGAGAAGGUGCUCGGCCGCGAGCAUCCCUCUACAUGGACGACAGGGCCGGUGCGUUUCGUGGCCGGGAAGCUGUCUCAUCGCCAGGUCGCUAGCAAGCGACGCGUGCAGUCUUAUACGUGCGCCGCCAGUGAGGCGUCAAGCACCAAGAGCGGCGCAGGCGCGUUAAAAGCGCGAAUCAUCCUACGCGUUAACUCGUCUUCCUCGCGGUUCGCGCGGCUGGCUGACGUGGUUCGGUAUAAGGGCGCCAACACGUAA